UUUUAAACCCGAAUUCAUCAUGGAUGAGGAGGAGGUCACUGGUGAAUGUUCCGACGCCCAGGCGUGUCUGUCUUCAUGCAAUUCCUUCAUAGAGGAGGCGAUGGAGAGUUUCUUUUACAGGUUAGGUUCUUUUGUCGGAAGCCGACCAUGGACGACGAUCAUCAUCGUCGGAAUUCUGGGAGCAGCUUGUGGGAUAGGCAUGGCACAAUUAGAGGUGGACUCAGACCAGACAAUGUUUGUGCCGCUGGGUUCUGCUGUCCUGAAGAACAAGGAGUGGGUGAAAAAAGCCUUUCCGAGCAACUUCGUGUUCGAAAAUGUCUUGGUUGAGGCAGAGAAUGUUCUCGCACCCGAAGUACUACAGUCAAUGCUGAAAUUGGACCACAGGAUCAGGAAUAUCUCAACUGGCUCUACGGACUGGGAAUCCCUCUGUUAUAUAUUGGAUGAGUCCUGUUACACCAUCAGUUUGUUGGAGCUGUGGUCCUUCAACACUUCUCUCAUCCAGGCUCUAACACAGACUGAUAUUCUGGACAUGAUCAAUACCGAAAAUUUAACCAGUUAUGAGGAGUUGACGGAAGUUCGAAAGGAAUGGGAGAUCAAGUUUGUUGACGUCGUCAAUGAAGAGAGCAGGAACAUUGGGAGCAACAUAACCUACUUCCCAACUACUUCUUCCAGCUAUUCUGAAGACAAUAACAUCGCGGGGGAUGUGCCACUUUUGAUGGCUGGCUGUGUCCUCAUUUUAGUCUACGUGGUGUGCCAGCUUGGUCAAUUCAACCGCCUUCAGCACAAGGUUUACCUAUCAAUGAUCGGAGUGAUUUGCAUUGGGCUUGCAGUUGUUGGAGGGAUUGGUAUCUGCCUAUUACUUGGUUUGCGUUAUAACGUCAUGCACUCUAUGCUUCCCUUCCUAGUCAUGGGUAUUGGAGUAGAUGACAUGUUUGUGAUCGUGACAACCUGGAACAACCUGUCCCCUGAACAAAAGACCCUGGACGUAAGACAGCAGGCUGCCCUGACUCUCCGCCAUGCCGGGAUGUCCAUCACUGUAACAUCUCUCACAGACAUCGCAUCAUUUGGAAUCGGAGCUACAACUAUAAUACCUGGCCUCCAGUCCUUCUGUGUCUUUGUGACUGUCAGCAUCUUCUUCGUGUUCAUCUAUUCGUGCACCAUCUUCAUGGCUGCUCUGGUGCUGGACCUCAGACGUGCGGAGGACCGUCGUGAUGCCUGCUGUUGUUGUUUGAGGCUUGGCACCGAGUAUGAGCCAUCUGCCUGCUCUGAACAGAACUUUCUGCAGCUUUUCUUUCAAAACAUGUAUUCACCUGUACUGAUGAAGACCCCAGUGAAGAUUUUGGUGGCUGUGUCCACUGUGUGCUUUGUCACAGUCAGCAUAGUGGGGACAAUCAACCUGGAGCAGGAGUUUGAUUACGUCAAGCAGAUGACUGCCUACGAUUCUGGAAUAGCAAAAUACAGCAGGAAAGUUGAAGAGUAUUAUCCAGGUGAUGGUCAGUCCAUCGACUUCUACAUAGGUGAAAUUGAUUACUACCAUGAACGGCACAAGCUCAAAGACCUGUAUGAUAUCCUUGACACCACUCCUUUCCUCAAAGAAGGAAGCAUCACCAGUUGGUACCACGAUUUUGGCAUCUGGAUAAAUGACAACAAGAACCAAAGUUUGCUUGAGCCAGAUGGCUAUCCUGAGGACCCAUUUGACUUCUACCUGUGGCUGAUAGAAUACCUUGCUACCGAUGGAAAACACCAUUUCAUGAAUAUCAGUUUUCGUCCAGAGCUUCAACCAUUCCUUGAUGCAAUGAAGGAGAGUGCUGAGGGUAACUAAAACAGCUUCCAUCACUCUCGGUGCUACUCCAUUAUUGGCUAACGUGUUGGAGCACCUCACAACCAGACCCAUUGGCUGAGAAAUGAUUCAAAAACAGGUAAUACUCACAUCCAAUUAUGGAUUCUUCUCUGAUGACUUUAUGCAUAGCCGUAUGACAGAAAGCCACACGACCUGAUCAAGCAGUCAGAGACAAAUUGAAAAUCAUGUCACUUUUUUAGGUCCUG